AUGAUUGUCAUUGUCAUCGUUAAAGUGGGCACUAGCACCAUUGCCGAUGGUCAAGUGGAUUCUCCCUGGGUAUUGUUCUGGCUUCACACCGAGGCCGCCGUGGCCGUUAUUGUCCUUUCUAUGACUGCCUUCCGAGUACUUUUCGUGCAGUCAGAGAACGCCCGUUCCUGGAAACAGUUGAACCAAAACGGGGCUUGUCAAAAGGGAAUGACGCGCACCUCCCCAUCGUCAUCCGCAAAGGAUGGUCGAACCAGGAAGGACAACUCACUUGGUUCUGUCAAAAUGGACUUCCCUGUUGCACAAUCUGAUAUUAUGGUCACGCACGAGCUUUCCACUCGCAAUGUUCGUGAAUAA